CCUAAUGAAGGAUGAAGAGCCAGCGGACGCACCGGCUGCCGAGCUGAACACACUGGUGCUCUACCUUCGUCGCCACCUCCACUGUGCCGGCUCCGGGACGCAGACUGUAAUGGGGACGGUCUACUCCUCGGUAGCUGGCAUGCUGGGUGUCAACCUCCACAACGUGCAGUUCCCGCAUAGCUCGAUGAUCUGCUGGCACCGAACGGACAGUGAAGAGUGCCUGUUCAUCGACGUUGUCCGUCGCGGCAUGCAGCUAUCCAGAGAGCAGGUGUUGGAGGAGUUGAAUGCUGUACAUCCGGACAUGGAUCUUCAGAUGCUGGAACCCUUCCCCAGAGCAGGGCUGCUGGGCCGCCUGAUCAAUGGCGCCACCCAUCCGGAUGCCCGCCGGCCAGAGAAUGGCUUCGACCUGGUCUCGUUUGAGACGCUGGCCUGCUGGGCCCGUAGCGACUGUCGCCUGGACAUGGCUGCGCUCGACGACCUGAUGUCCGCCCUGGCUCGUACCAGACCCAUGUACACGCACCGCCUGCUGCAGCAAUUCGUCCAGGCUAACGACAUAUUUCUGGCGGAGAACGAGAGGCGUGGCUUGGAAGUACUCAUGAAGCACUUCAAGAGGAUGUACAAACGGCUGGCGCUCUCCCUGGAUGAACAAGAGGCCAAAGUCCAGGAACUGGUGAACCUCCGCGCGGCGGACCGAGCAGCGGGCGACUAUCCGAGGCAGUUGGGCGUCGGUGACGUCGUCACGUACGGCGACGGGCACCUGGCUGUGGUGUACGGCUGCUCACCAUACUACGAGGUCUCACAGGACUGGAUAGCACAUAGUCGCGCCUGCUCCGGACUUCAGCGGGGAGAAAAGCAACCUUUCUACAACUUGCUGAUGGAGGGUGACCGUUUCGGAUGCAUGGCUGAAGAGGAGCUGCAACUGGCCCCAGAUCCCCAGCCUAUCGAUCAUCAGGAAGUGGGACGCUUCUUCACCCGGUUCGACGGGGAGCGGUACGAGCCGAUCGCUCCGCUGGCCAUUCUCUUCCCCGAGCCGCGGCGUGAGCAUGAGUCAAAAACGAGCUUCGUGGAGUCUCCGAUAGAUGGCAGCGACAGCGACUGGGAAGACGACGUCGAGGAUGAAGAGGAAGAAUGGAGACGGGCACCUCCCACAGUGUGGAUGGGCGUUUGGCCAGAGAUCCUUCCCGAGGACUCAGAUGAUGAAGAGGACACUGAUGAUGUUGCCGUGGCCGGUGACGGUGGCCCGGUGGACCACUGAUGGGUGCGUUGAAUUGUGCGGAAAAUCACAGGGGUUUUCUGAAUACCUCAGCUGCCUCAGUAACUCUGUAUGGCUGUACAUAUGUGCAUAUUCGUGUGCAGGUGUUUUGUUUGCAUCUAACCCAUGGCAUUUCACUGUGAUUUGUCACGCUGUAUUGACGCCUUUUAUCCCAGUCAGUCGGUGCUUGCAGACAUAACGUCAUGAUGCUGUUUCUCAGGUGCCUUCAUUUGUAUGUGAUAGUUUUUGUGCCAUCGGUUGUUUAUUUCAUGCCGGCUUGAGAAAUAUGUGCAUGUGCCACCUGUACAUUCGUUUGUAUCAUGAGUGAUAUGUGACGAAUGAUUUCGUACCUGGCAUGCAGUGGUGGCUGUGCGAAAGCUCAUCAGUGAUAUUUCGUCAAUUGUUAAGGCAUUGAAAUGUGUCCAUUGCUUUGUUCAUAUCUAUGCUCAGGCAUUGGAAUGUGUUCAUUGCUAGGUCAUCAUGGGCUAUUGCUUACAUACCUGUGAUAUGUUUUCAAGUCUUGUGCCUUCAUUAACGCUGAUAAUUGUGUCCUGUUUAUCUACAUUUAUCGGCGGUGGAUAGGCAAUUGGUGAUUGCGGAUGUAACGUGAUCAUCCUGUUUCUCAGGCCCCUACAGUUGUAUGUGAUAAUUUUCUGUGCCAUCAGUUUGGUAUGUAAUACGAGCUUUAGAAGUAUGCGCAUGUGCCAUUUCUACAUUCAUCUGUAUGAUAUGAGUGAUAUGUUACGAGUGAUUUCGCCCUUGGCUGUGGGAAGGCUCAUCAGUGAUGUAUAGUCAAUUGUUUAGGCGUUGAAAUGUGUUCCUUGCUGUGCCUUAGGGCUUCGUGGGCUAUUACUUGCAUAGCUGUGAUAUGUUGUAAAGUCUUGUGCCUUCAUUUUCGCCGAUAAUUGUGUCCUGUACAUGCACAUUUGCCGGUGGUAGGUACCACGUGCCGUUGGUAACGCAGUUUUACAAAGGAGCGACUUCGGGCUUUGCGUGCGUCAUAUGGCACGAAGCCCUGCAAGAUGUGUAACCAUGUGUA